GCCCCGUCGUGCGGCUGCGGGCCAGGGGCUCUCUGAGCCCUCCGCCAGUCUCCGCGCUGCACUUUCGGCGCGAACUUGGGGGCGGCGGCCACCGUGCCUCUGGCGCCAGGACAAGGAGGAGCUUCCAGCCGCGUCGCACGCAGCCGCUGGGGACGCGGAGCCGGCGCGGCGAACAGUGAGAGGACCGGCGGCCGUCUCGGACUCCCGGCGCCGCAGCGCCCUGCUCCGCUCCCCGGCCACAUCUAGGGAGAAGGAAUCCUGUCCGUGCCACUUCGCUCAGGCUUCCGCUUGUCCCCGGCUCGGGGACCUAAUGCGACAGGCGCCGCUGGACGGACGGCUGUGCGCGGCGGAGAGCGGAGAUCCCCGGCCGUGGAGUCCCGCACAUGUCUCUGCGGUCAUCGCGCCCGGGCCUCGGCGGCACUUGCAACUGAAGCUACAGCACACCCCCUCAUCGUGGAUUGUUUCCAGCAUCCAGACCUCCACAUGUCAGCAGUAGGCUCCUGAUGCGGUCCAUCCUUCUCCACCCCUCCUCACUGUUUACAAAGAGAGAGGGCCUUCAGGAAACACACCCCAAAAGUGCAGAUUUAUUUAUUAAUUCAAGUAUUCGAACCGUCCUGAAAACCAUCUCCAUAAUCAUCCCCUCUGCCUUUGGAUCCUGUUUCAGACAGGCCAGCCAUGAAAGGGUACCUAGUGGCCCUAUUCUUGAGUUGCGUCUUCCUCUAUUAUGUGCUACACUGUAUCCUGUGGGGAACAAAUGGCUAUUGGGUACCAUCUAUGGAUAUCAAGAGUAAAAAUAUCAACACUUGUCCAAAAAAGCCAGCUUUCAGCUCUCUCCUAAGGUUUCCCCAGUUUUACCCCUUUCUGUGUACAUCUGAUUUUGCAAGGAUUACUUCUAUGUACGGUACCAAUAAUUUUGUUUUACCCUAUGGGAUAAAGUCAUCAGCGGUAUAUUUUCGAACUGUCCUUUCAAAACUGCAGAGUUGUGAUCUCUUUGAUGAGUUUGACAAUGUGCCGUGUAAAAGGUGUGUGGUGGUCGGUAAUGGAGGCGUGUUGAAGAAUAAGACAUUAGGAGAAAAAAUCGACUCCUAUGAUGUGAUCAUAAGAAUGAAUAAUGGUCCUGUUUUAGGACAUGAAGAGGAUGUUGGAAGAAGGACAACCUUCAGGCUUUUUUAUCCAGAGUCUGUCUUUUCAGAUCCCACUCACAAUGAUCCCAAUACCACGGCAGUUCUCAUUGUCUUUAAGCCACAGGAUUUAAGGUGGCUCUUGGAAAUAAUGAGCGGUACCAACAUAAACACUAAUGGUUUUUGGAAGAAGCCAGCCUUAAACUUGAUCUAUAAGCUAUACCAAAUCAGAAUAUUAGACCCAUACAUUAUCAGAGAAGCAGCUUAUCACCUGCUUCAUUUUCCCAAAGUUUUCCCCAAAGAUCAGAAACCCAAACACCCCACGACAGGAAUUAUUGCCCUCACACUGGCAUUUCACAUAUGCAGUGAAGUUCACCUUGCUGGUUUCAAGUACAACAUUAACAACCCAAACAGUCCUUUACACUACUAUGGGAAUGCUACCAUGUCUUUGAUGAACAAGAACGCAUAUCACAAUGUGACUGCAGAGCAGCUCUUUUUAAAGAGAAUUAUAGAGAAAAAUAUGGUAAUCAACUUGACUCAAGAUUGACCAUACAGAUUCAAAAGAUGAUGCUAAAUAGUAUUAGUUUUAUUUUUGUACUGAAAAUUUUAGUUUAUUUUUAAAUAUGUUGGAUGAACUCAUCAAAUAAUUAUUAUAUAUAUUGUCUGUUGCUGCCUGGUGAUUUAUAACCACCAGCUUAAUUUCUGUGAAUAUAUUUAUGAAAUACAAAACAAACCUUUUAGUUAUGAUAUCAGGGAAUUAUGUAAAGUUUUGACUGUUGUUUAAAACAAGCUGGUGUUUUAAAAUACCUUUUGUACUUCCUUCAGCUUAGAGUUCUAGGUGAUUUAGUUGAUGUCACUAGUUUUGAUGGUCACAUGUCAUUCUGAGACAAUUAUUUAUUUGUUAUUCCUGCCAUAUGACUGGGGGCCAAGUGCAGGAAACUAGAACCACUUGGUUUUGGAAGUCCAUGGUGUGGUGUUCAUAGAGGUUUAAUUAAGUUCCCCAUGCAAUUAAUUAACUAGUAAUAACUUGCAGUGUUAGGAAGUAAAUCAGUCUUUUUUAUAUAUGCUAAGAUGAGCACUCUCACCUUGAUGAGCAUCCUGAGAUUUUUGGAAGGUGUGGGAUGAGGCAGAUUCUUACUAUGUAGCCUAGACUGGCCCCAAGAACUUGGGUUCUUGCCUCACCUUCCCAAGUUUUGGGAUUACAAUUGUGUACCAUUGUAUCCUACAGCAUCAUGUUUUAAAUUAAAAGAAAAAAAAAGCAUUUUUUAAAAUUGGUUUAUGUAAGCUCUGGACGGCUGAGAACUACAGUGCAGUCCAGGCUGGUCUUGAACUCAGAGAUGGGCCUACCUCUGCCUCCGGAGGGCAGGGAUAAGGUCAAGAAUGAGAAACUUAAGUAUUUUCCCAGUUUAAUGUAUCCAUUGACUCUUAAAUGUUUAUUUGAAGCAAAUUAGAAAAGUAAACCAAUGAAAGUAAAGCCUUAA